AUGAACACGCUCGCCCGCCCGCUCACACGCACCGUCGCACGGUCGACGGCCGUACCGCUCCUCCCGGCACCGGGACGCCUCCUCCCCCCGUCCUCGGUAUCCUUUUCCACCUCGUCGUCUUCAUCGCGGCACCGCUCCGGGCUGCGGCCCACCACGCUCGGCUUCAGCUUCGGCACCGGUCUCGCCGCCUCGGCCUUUAUCCCCUCUUCCUCUGUGUCCAGCGACGAUGCGGGCGCGACGACCGGUACGAGGAGGUACACGGUCGCGUCGCCCGACGAGUCGCCUGCUGGCGGCGAGGUCAAAGGAUCUUCGACGAUCUGGAGAAAGGCUUCCCCCACUGCGCCGCGUCGGCAGACGGUCACGCUGGUGUUCCUGAGCGACGAGGGGAGUAAAGUCGGGCUGGGCCAGAUGGUCAAGAGCUUGACGGGUGGUGUGGGUGGAAGGGCCGUGUGGCAGCCCUACAUCGCCUACUUCCGCGAAGCGGGCUACGACGCGCUGGACCUCAACCUCUCCUCGCCCUCGUCGUCGCCCACCGUGGCCGAGCUGACCGACGAGCUGCACAACCAGAUCCGACUCGCCUCGCUCCAGCGUCUUCCCGUCCUCUUUGUCAGGGACGGCACACUCGCCUCGGACGUAGUCUCCGAGUACAUCACCCCUUCCGACGCCAAUGGCGACCAGUCGAGCUGGUGGAAGAAACUCUUCUCCAACCCCGCCAACUCGCGCCCGGCACUCAGCGGCCUCAUCGUAAUCGACGCCCCUACCGCCGCACAGGAGGCAUCGUCCAAGUACGGAACGCACAAGAAGCUCAACGUCCUCCUCGUCGGCAGCAACGGUCAGGCGCCGCAGGAUGGCCCCACAAAAGUCCGUUCCCUCGUCACGGCGGGCAAGUCGGACGAGGAGACCAUCAAGGCCAUCGAACGCUGGCUCAUCGACAGCGGCUACGAGGGCUAG